UUUGAAACUGUUGAUCAGCAGGGAGGACCAUGUCGUUUUAUCGUGAUUGCAAUAAUGUUAGAUGGGAACUCUUAUCUGAUAAAAGAAUUUAUAAAUUAACUGAUAUUAGUGUUAACCGAUUGGGAAGCUGCUAGAAGGAACGACUAUUCCCUGUGGAACUUGAUCCCAAACAUCCCACUUCUCUCUCCUGACCUUUCCUGCUAGGAUUCGGCGCUUCUUUAUGGAUCCGCCUUCUAGAACCUUCCCUUAACGUCCAGUUCUCGUUUUCCUUUCUCUUUGUUUUCUCUACAAAGAUGAUGAUGUGGAGAUCAAAACACUGCUUUUGGGGGAAACUGAAGGCGGAGAGUUUGGUGGUGAGAUGGAUGAGCAGCGGCGGCGCCACCGUGAUGAGCUUCGGAGACGCGAGCCAGGGUGCUCUGGGAUUGCCUAGUGCACAAUUGGGCGUCGGACAACAUGCUUACGAGCCAACACCGGUGCGCUCUCUCCCCGGCGACGUGGUUAGAGUGGGUGCUGGACACUACCAUUCCCUCGCCAUCACUUCCCUGGGCCAUCUCUGGGCCUGGGGCAGAAACAAUGAGGCCCAACUUGGUCGUGGCUCUUCCUCUUCCAGUAGGGAAUCAUGGAAUGAGCCAAUGAGAGUAAUGGGAUUGGAUCAUGUGAACGUGUCUGCUGCUUUUGCAUCAGGUGUUGUCUCUGCUGCUGUUGGAGAUGAUGGUUCUUUGUGGGUGUGGGGGAAGUCCAAGCGUGGCCAACUUGGUCUUGGUAAACACGUUACUGAAGCUGUUACACCUGCCAAAGUUGAAGCACUUUCGGGAGAGAACAUAGCAAAGGUGUCUUUUGGUUGGGGGCAUGCUCUUGCUCAGACUGUGGAUGGGAAGCUGUUUGGUUGGGGAUACUUAGCUGAUGGUAGGAUAGGAAAAAUGGGUAAUGACUUGGUGGAGGCAUCUCCAUUGGAUUCCAGUGCAACCCCCUUUGGAGAUAGUCCAGACCUUGAAGUUGCUGAGAAGAGGGUUUUAGAAGGAAUGGAGAAGGAGAGUGAUAUGCCAAUAGUAUGGGAACCUCGCUUGGUGGAAGAGCUUGAAGGUAUUGAAGUUGUGGACAUUGCGUGCGGCCUUGACCACUCACUGGUUCUUUGCCGUGAUGGUGCACUCUUAAGUUGUGGGAGCAAUGCAUAUGGUCAAUUGGGGAGAACUAAAACAGAUUUGGGAAUUUUCCCAGUUGACAUAAACUUGAGCCCUGUAUCUAUAGCAGCAGGGCUUGGCCAUUCUUUGGCAAUAUGUCAGCUUCCUGAACCAGAUAAUAGUAUAGGGACUACAAAUAUUGCUUCAUGGGGAUGGAACCAGAGUUCUCAGCUUGGAAGGCCUGGGCCUGGCAACAUUCCUUCAUUGAUUGAUGGAUUGGCCGGGGAGAAUCCUACCGCCAUUUCCGCGGGGCGUGCACAUUCCAUUGCCCUCACGUCAAAGGGAGAAUUGUGGGUGUGGGGAUCUGGUAGAAGUGGCAGACUUGGAUCGGGGAGUUCUGCAGAUGAACCUGAGCCAUUUUACAUUGAUUCAUUAGAAGGAUUCCAAAUCUUACAGGCUGUUUCGGGAUUUGAUCAUAAUCUGGUUCUAGUUGCUAGCUGAUCGCUUAAAUAGAUGCCUUUAUAUGAGGCUCAGAAAAUUUAGCAUCGGGAAUGUAGAAAGGAAGAAAAGGGAGAGUAUCCACUUCUAAGUUGAUAAUGUCAUUUUAUUCUGGAGAUUUUAUUUUCUAUAGAAAGCAUAUUUACAACAAAAUCUUAUGAAAUAAGGAGUGACAUUAUAAAAAUUGAAGUGUCUAUAUCUACUCCAAAAAGGAGGUUACAAAACAGGGGAAAAAAUGGGAAAUAAUUUAAGUUAAUCGGGUCCCUUCCACUUAGAAGUCCCUUGGUCCAAAUGUCACAUAAAAAGUUGUUAGAUUGUAUAUUAUUAUAUUGUAUGUUGCUUAAGCUAAAACUCCAUUGUGGAUUUUCUCAUGUUGAAAAAUGAGUAUCUCUGUUAUGUAUAGAAGAUAUAAU